ACAUAUUUGAGGCGUCACAAAUUGUACAGACCCCACAGCACCCUAAUCAUCUCUCUCACAUUUUUUUCAUAGACAAUAACUCUGUGACUCCAUAACUACCUUGUUGCACCACAAUCCCCUUUGACAGACGUCACACAGCACCCUUCUUUCAGAAAGUGUCAGCACUCAUAAUGCUCGGUCCUGACUGACUGAGGAGCUGAGAUGCUGCAGAGAUUCAGACUGAGCAGCCUGCUGCGGGGCCUGACUCUGCUCCUGUUAGGCACGGCCUGCCAGGCCUCCUCUCUGGGGCUGACUGUCCAUGUGGUGCCCCUGAUAAGCGAUGGAGGAGAAAAGGUACGUGCUCAUUUCAGUGCCAUUGCUCCUGGUCCUUGUCAAGAUGUGUCAGGACUCUGUGCUGCAGGAGAGGACUGCCUGGUCCACAAAACAUCUUUACCCUUCACCGGCACCAAACCAGAGUCAGGCUGGUGUGUCCGCCAGUGGCAGAAAACUGUGCCCAGUAAUUAUAAAUCCACCAUCAAUUUAGGGCCUGACACAGAAGUUUAUGUGUCAAUAAAAGCAGCACCAAUGGUUCGGGCAAACAGUGGGAGACUCAACCAGCCUGCCUAUGUUGGUCUACUUCCUCCACUAAGGGCUCGCGUGAACUGCCCUCAUCACUUCCAUUUGUCUGUGAAAGACCCGGACGGCGACAGGGUGCAGUGUCGCUUUGCUCGUCCAGACCAGGAAGAGUGUGUUGACUGCCCUCAGCACUCAUUCAUAGAGCUGGAUGAGAAAGCCUGCAUGUUGAAAUUCAAUGGAGAAGCAGCAGCAGGACAGUAUUUCAUCUACCUGAUGGCAGAGGACCUGAUUCCUGUUCCCCCAUCAAUCCGAUUCACCGACAACACACCCCUCAGCUCCGUCCCUGUGCAUCUGUCUCUUACUGUGGAGGAGUCGACGACCAGCUGCAGUGACGAACCCGUGGCAAAAGGUGUGAACCCCAGAGAGGACACCACGUUGUUUGUACUGCCGUACCAUCAGGUGAAAUUCGAUAUCAACUAUGAGUCAAAGUCGGAAAGUGUUUCAGAGGUAGCAGUGGUUGGUCCACCUGAACUCUUCAGGGCUGGGGUUAAAUCAAUCGGCCCUCUGGUGUCGAUGACGAUGGCCUGGGUCCGCUCUGAAAACACGCUCGCUCGCCUUUUGCCCAUCUGCUUUGCUGUGAAUACAAGGAGUUUACAAUCAGAGCCCAAAUGUGUGUGGGUGUACCAAAGAGAGAUGAGGACGCUACCUGUUGGAACAGAGCUGAAGUGUGGAAAGACAGAAAUGACUCUGGUUCUCCCUGUCACCUCCCUGGAUAACAUCAACCUGACUGAACUGCAGCUCAACAGCCCCACCUGUCCCGUUUCAUACAACAGCACACACCUGACUGCAACAAUCUCCUUGACUGGCUGCGGCACCAAGAUUGUGCACUCUGGUUCAGAGCUGGUUUACACCAACACAUUGCAAAGUGUGCACCCUUACACUCUGGUCAGACGUACACCCUCCCUCCUCCUCCCUCUGGCUUGCCGUAUCCCUGGAGCCCAGGCAAAGGGACCACAGUACCAGAUUGCCAUGCCCACAGAGGAAGAGACCUUUGGUGCUGUGGAUUUUUGGAUAGAGUUUUACCUUCCCGGAAAAGGGCCUUUGGCAAAAUUCACAAGCAAGGCCAAAUUCCGACGCCUUCAAAUGGCUCCAAAACGAGUGCGUCGGGAACUGGAACCACUAUCAGAGGGAAUCGCCUCAUCCAUCACCACCUCUAGCAUCUCCACCAAUUACACAUCCUCCACCAGCGCCCCUAUCAGUCCCUUCACCAGCAACCCUAACAGUGCCUCAACCAGCUACAUUUAUAACACCACAGCCAACUCCACUGACGCAACUACCCCCUUACCUGCCGGGGCCAGGGUUAAGGUGAUAGACCUCCAUGUGAUGUCCAACUGCAGCAUAGCACGAGCUGAGAUGUUAGUCAGUGACUGCAUUGAGUCUGAGACGGAGGACUUUACAGUAUCCAAACCGAUCCUGUCGCAAGGGUGUACAGCUUCAAACAGCACAUUGGAGGUUAUUACAACAGAAACCAACACCAGGAUUUACCGCCUUGAUUUGAGCAGUGUGGAAUCCAAAGGAACAACUAUGUUUGUCCGGUGUAAAGUCAACCUGUGUAUCGCCACACUGCCCUCCCAGAAGUGUCCUAAUAUGUGCACCCGCUCCUUUUCUUUUAAAAAUUUGGUGGGCAGUGUGUUUUCCAAAAGCUACACCGUCACCUCAGGGCCUGUUAGCCUUGUAGUCACCACUCCUGCACCAAAAGUUUCAACCGCCCAAACUACUGCAGCUACUACUUUAAAAAGCACAACUACGACUUUAGCUUUGACAACCACGGCUGCCCAGAACACCACCUCACAUGCUCCAGAACAGACCUCAGCCGUGGCAGCAGGAGUGAUUUUGACAUGUAUCAGCAUUUAUCUACAAACCGUCUUCCUUUACUGAACACACUGCUGGAUGAUGAUGUGUCAGAAAAUGAUACACUACAUUUGCCUGUUUGGGACAUUUGAGUGUUGAAGCCCACACAUAACUGCAGAGUAUGUUUUCUUUUUACCUUUUUUAACAAAUUAAUAAAGCAGAUAAACGAGAGAGCAAACUAUGACUGCCAACUCUGUAAGGAUUGCUUAGCUUAAUGAACAUUAAAUGUUUCUUUAAACUGCAGCUCAUCCCCACUGUAGUGUUAGGAUACUAAAUGAUGAGGCCCAGAUAAGGGGUCAUCCAAAAAUCACAAAAGAGUCUCUAAAAUUGGGCUUAGCUUUGGGUCUGGCUUACACUUAAAACCCUUAAUACAGGGAAACUGUGCUUAUGACUGUUUGAGGUGCAUUCCUCUUUUCUCUAAAUUUAAAACAUCUAUUUUUUUAUUAAAGAUAUAAUGUCUGUACUAUUUCACUGUGCAAAUAUAGUUAUAUGUUGUAUUUAUCAGUUUUAUUAUAGAGCUGUACAGGCUGAUAGCCAGCUAUUUUAAGAAUUAACAAAUGCUAACAUACACAAUGAGAUGGACACACUCUGUUUGGACAAAGUCAUAUGUUUUAGCAUUAUUAUUUAUUGACAUUGUAUUUUUCCCCCUCAAUUUACCUUCAUAAAUGAUAUUUAUAGAAUGAAUGGCACUGCUGCUACUUAUAAUAACUCAUCAUUGGAUUUUAGAUAAAUUAUGAUUUAAGAACACUCUUAUUUUUAAGUCCAUGGCUUACCCUGUAAUUUUGCAAUUAAUUUGUGAAGAGAUUUCAUCAGAGGUCAAAUGUAGUUAUGUUUGCUCUGGCUAUAGCUUCUAUGUCAGUGUUGUAUGGGUGUAUGGUAUUCAUAUGAAAAGGCAGUGAGACAGACUGACUUUUUGUAAAGUGAGGUUUGUAUGGUCAGUGCUCAGAACUCCUCAAAGUCCUGCCCUAACCCUCUAUUUAUGGUAACACAAAACAUUGAAGUAAGAUUGUUUUAUACAUCUCUACUUUUUAAACAAGCACUUAAAUGAAGGUUUGACACCUGUAUUGUGUCAAAAAAAAAUUGUAAUUUUCAAAGUUGGUUGUAAACACAUAUUAAUUUAAUUCACAUUCUGACAACUAAACCCUGAAUUGACACUGUAUGAUGGGAAAUAUGAACUGUACAAUGAAAAAAUGAAAAGGAAUAUAUCGAAAAAUAAAUGAAAUCUUAAUUUA